CAAACAUCUGACUCACAGUCGAUUGAACUCAUAUAUAUAUAGUCACACUGCAGACUAACCCGCUGUUUCUUGCAACACAAAUCUGGUCAAUUGAACCUCUCCACAUACACAAAACAUGAGCAACACACCACAACGUCCUCUGGGCGAAAAAGUCGCCAACACAAAUCCAGCACCAUGGCCCUCCAAGGAGAUCACCCUGGAAGGAAGACAUGUCACUCUAGAACCCAUCUCAGCAGUCCACGCAGAAGCACUCUUCCCCCUCAUCGGUGGUCCCUCCAAUGCAAGUCUUUGGGACUACAUGCCCUACGACCCCUUCCCUGCCUCUGUCUCCGCUCUCCACACCGACAUGGUCUCAAAAGCCUCCUCCAACGACCCAGUCUUCUACACCAUUCUCAAACAUGAAGGUGCUGAAAAGGUGCCUGUGGGCUGGUGUUCAUACCUCCGCAUCGACGCCAAGAAUAGUGUCAUUGAAGUUGGUCAUUUGAUGUUUUCUGCAAAGUUGCAGAGGAGUGUUGCUGCUACUGAAGCCAUGUAUUUGAUGGCCAAGUAUGCGUUCGAGAUGGGGUAUAGACGGUAUGAGUGGAAGUGUCACUCGCUGAAUGCGCCUAGUAGGAGGGCGGCGGCGAGAUAUGGAUUUGUAGAGGAGGGAACGUUUAGACAGGCUUUGAUUGAUAAACAUGGCAGAAAUAGGGAUACGACUUGGUUCUCUAUGCUGGACUCGGAAUGGGAGGGUAUCAAGAAGGCAUUCGAGAGUUGGUUGGAUGAUAGCAACUUUGAUGAGGAGGGUAAACAAAAGCAGAAGUUGGAGGAGUUUAGAGCAUGAAGCAUACUAGUCAGCCGAUAAAUGGUACCAGCUUGUAGGCACUAUCUGUCAGCCACAGACUUGACAGAAUAGUACUCAUGGAGGUGAUGGGAAUGUAGCCAGUGUCAGGAGUGGAAGUAUUUGUCAUUCACUGUGAAUCUCCGUCUCGUCUUGAAACGUAUUCUUGUUUGGUCAUCACGAUAGCUGGGUACGAGAGUGGUGCAAGCAUUUAGGGACAACAUACUAGCUUUGUCGUUGGCAAAGCUGCCCGAUGGUAGGAGCACGGACCAGUGCUGUCCUCGAUGCAAGGCACAGGAUCUUGACGCAAAUUUGUAUCGUGAUAGAAGG